AUGGCUGAUAACGAGGAAAUUGGCCUUGAGGAGCGUUUGAAAUCAGCUUUGUGGCUGUCAAUUGGCAAGAUCGUGGACGAGGAGACUAUCAAGCUGGGCGUCAACGCAACCCCCCAAUUUAUUGGUGCGCUCACAGAGAUGGUUUGGGCUCAGAUUGAGACGGUCAGCCAGGAUCUUGAAUCGUUCGCCAAGCAUGCCGGGCGUUCAACCGUUAACGUCUCAGACGUGAUGUUGCUGGCCCGCCGUAACGAAGGCCUGGAAUCUAUCCUCACGGCCUUUGUCGAACAGCAGCGGAAAGAGACAUCCUGA